AUGAUAUACCUUUCAGCACAUCGUUUGAAACUAUUGAAUAUGACUGCACCGUAUGUUCUACUGGUAACGGAAAAUGUCAGCAUUGAAAGUAUUGCUGAGCUGGAGUCUCACAACAUAACUGUGCAUCACACUUCAUUCUUUACUGUUCCACAUGCUAAAAAGGAAGCCAAAUACCACUACACAAAGUUGAGAUUAUGGUCGAUGACAGAAUAUGAUGUUAUUAUGUAUCUGGAUCUGGACAUUCUUCCAAUACGGGAUUUGACGCCAUUUUUUCAAUGCGGUUCUUUUUGUGCAACAUUCCGCCAUUCUGACAAGUUUAACGCGGGUUUAUUGGUACUGAAGCCAAAUCUCACGGUAUAUGAGGACUUACUGGCCAAAGCACCUGAGCUAUCAACCUAUGACGGAGGAGACCAAGGAUUUAUGAAUUCUUAUUUUGAUCAACUAAAGUUUACACCAAUGUUUGAUCAUGAGCAUCCUAAUAGUCAGAAGUACGAAUCCGAUCAGAGAAGGCUUUCGGCCGCUUUUAACUACGAUAUCGCGAUGUAUUACAUCAAUGGAGGAAAGCUUUUGGUAGACCCAGCCAUAUUCCACUACACGAUGGGACCAUUGAAACCAUGGAUUUGGUGGACUUACCCUUUAUUUGAUUUGAACGAGUACUGGAGCACUGCAAGGAAAGAAAUGGAAAUUUAUCACAAUACUCCUAAUCCAGACAUACAACUAGCCUAUUUUACCGUUUUAGUCUGCAUUUGUGCUUUAAUCUUCCGAAAGGUGAGCGAAUCUACAAAUCAAGUUUUCCUUAUGUGUACUCCAAAUAUUGCCUGUUUAUUCUGA